GGUGGACUUCACUCUUCUGUGAUUUCAAUAAUCAAUUACGUCUUUAAUUAUUUAAAAAAUUAUUAAUAAUAAUAUAAUUAUGACUAAUGAUUUUUAUUACUAAAAAUAAUUAGGUAUUACAAUGACGAUAGAAAUUAUACAAAUUAUAUUAUAGUCUGUAGGAUCUGUUGAUUAGCGUAUGCCAAGUCAAUGUCAAGUGAGGUUAUAAAAUAAUUUAAGAGUUUUUUACUUUUUACGUGUUUUGCUGAUAGAAAUAUGGAUUCGGGACCAGCCCAGGAGGUAACCGAAUUGCUUAAACAGUGGGAAGAACAGCACACAACGCCUGGAUAUGACCCUAUACCAACACUAACUAGGAUAGCAGAAAUAAUAGAGGCAGAGACAGAGAAUUUUAUGAAGAAAGACCCGGACCCUUUUGAUGAGAGGCAUCCAUCUCGCACAGACCCUGAAUGUGCGCUGGGACAUGCUCUCAAAGUUAUGUUUAAGAAGGAUAACUUUAUGACCAAGUUAGUAAAUGACUAUGUGCGCGACUCAUACUAUUCGCGCCAGAACAUAACGGGCCGGGACGUGCUGAAACUGAACGUGGUCGCUUGCAGACUCACCCUCGACCUGAUGCCGGGCCUGGAGAUGAGUGUUGUGUUCCAGGACAACGAAGCCCUAAUCCACCGGUUGCUCAACUGGGCCUCGAACUCGCCGGAGCCCUUGCAGUGUUACGCCACCGGGCUGCUGGCCGCCGCCAUGGAGGUGCAGGAGAUCGCCACCAACUUCAGGGACCUAAAUGCAAUGCUGGUGCCUUUAAUGCUAAAAAGGCUACACGAACUGAGAGCGAAGCCGCAGGAUGACAAACCAGGCACCAACCUCGUGACUCCACCGAGCCAGACGAGACACUUUGCGAGGUUCGACAAGAGGAACAACGACAUCAAGAGUAACGGACCGCUGCACGAUAAGAAAGAUCGCGAGAAAGACGACGGUGGAGGGGGAGGUGUGGACCACACACCUUCCAUUGCCAAAGAUCCGGCCACGCCCGUCAAAAACUUCAACUGCAGCGCGGGCUCCCCCGAGCGGUGGGGUCUCAUGUCACCCCCCGCGCGCCCCCCGCCGCCCGCGCCGCCCGCCAUCCACCACGAGACCUCCUCCAACUCCAGCUGGGCGGAGAUGGAGACCUACGUCAUAGGUGAGAGAGUGAGACAGAGUCGUCGCAGGCAGCGCGGGCCCCCCGAGCGGUGGGGUCUCAUGUCACCCCCCGCGCGCCCCCCGCCGCCCGCGCCGCCCGCCAUCCACCACGAGACCUCUUCCAACUCCAGCUGGGCGGAGAUGGAGACCUACGUCAUAGGUGAGAGAGUGAGACAGAGUCGUCGCAGGCAGCGCGGGCCCCCCGAGCGGUGGGGUCUCAUGUCACCCCCCGCGCGCCCCCCGCCGCCCGCGCCGCCCGCCAUCCACCACGAGACCUCUUCCAACUCCAGCUGGGCGGAGAUGGAGACCUACGUCAUAGGUGAGAGAGUGAGACAGAGUCGUCGCAGGCAGCGCGGGCCCCCCGAGCGGUGGGGUCUCAUGUCACCCCCCGCGCGCCCCCCGCCGCCCGCGCCGCCCGCCAUCCACCACGAGACCUCCUCCAACUCCAGCUGGGCGGAGAUGGAGACCUACGUCAUAGGGAACAUACAUAUCCACCCACCGACAGAUGCAACCAAACAGAUGUUAAUACUACGGUACCUCACACCCAUCGGUGAAUAUCAAGAGUUCCUAUCGCACGUGUUCGAGUGGAACGCCCUGGGGCUCAUCCUGGGUUACCUGAACGUGCGCGAGUCGCGCGACUCGCGGCUCGCCUUCGAAGCCUUGAAGUACUUGGCGGCGCUGCUGUGCCAUAAGAAGUUCUCCAUAGACUUCAUCAACAUGGGAGGAUUGCAGAAAUUUCUAGAAGUUCCCAGGCCGUCAGUGGCGGCGACAGGCGUUUCCAUCUGCCUGUACUACCUGGCGUACUGCGAGGACGCCAUGGAGCGAGUGUGCCUCAUGCCGUCCCACAUACUGGCGAACCUUGUCGAGUAUGCGUUAUGGCUUCUAGAAUGUUCGCACGACUCGGGCCGAUGCCAUGCCACCAUGUUCUUCGGGCUGUCCUUCCAGUUUCGAGUCAUACUCGAGGAGUUUGACAAGCAGGACGGCCUCAGAAAGUUGUACAACGUGAUAUCGACGCUGCCGAUCCUCGGCUCUGACGAGGAGGAGUCCAGGGUGUCUGAUGAUGAGACGUGCGCCGCCAGGCAGAUCGUGAGGCACGUGUGCGUCGCACUCAGGAGGUAUUUUGAAGCACACCUGAGGAUACGAGCCGCUCACGUGGCGAGACAGCAAGGCGACAACGUCCCCGACCCGCCGCCGUAUAAGGCGUCGAAGUCGUCGGUAGAAGAGAUACAGGAGCAGAUAGAGGUGGUGCAGAGCGCGUGGUGGGCGCGCUGGACGCCGGUCGACGAGCUGCUGGAGCUGGGCGGCGUGUCGCUGCUGCUGCAGGUCGUUGGCUACGCAUACGACUGGAACUUCAACGGCAGGGCGGAGACGGUGCGGUCGGCGCUGGACGUGGUGUCGGUGUGCUGCGUGGCGCCGCGCGUGCAGCUGCUGCUCACCGACAAGAUCAACAUGCGCGACGCCGACCUCACCACCGGCGUGCACAUCGUGCUCAGCGCGGCGGAUGGCGACAUCGUGCCGGAGCCCGAGGUGCAGAAGGCGGCGCUCAACGUGCUCGUCAACUGCGUGUGCGCGCCCGUGCACCGGGGAGGUCCCUCAUCUGCGAGGUUUUCACUGAGCGGAUCAAGUAAAAAGAAGACAGCGGUAAAAUCGUACGAAGACGUCAUACAGAAGGUGUGGGAGAGCGUUCGGACGAACAAUGGAAUUAUGGUGCUCCUGUCGCUGAUGAUGGUGAAGUCCCCCAUCACGGACGCGGACCGGCUGCGCGGGCUGGCGUGCCGCGCGCUGGCCGGCCUGGCGCGCUGCCCUACCGUGCGCCAGAUCAUCUCCAAGCUGCCGCUCUUCACCACCUCGCACCUGCAGGUUCUGAUGCGGGACCCGAUCUUGCAGGAGAAGAGGCAGGAGCACGUGAUGUUCCAGAAGUACGCGCUGGAGUUGCUCGAGCGAGUGUCGGGCAAGAGUAAGCACAUGGGCGCCGAGUUCGAGACCUCCCUCGCUAACAUUCACAGGGCGAACGUGGUGGCGCAGACGCGGAUCAGUUACAACGAGCGGCAGCUGCUGCAGCUGGUGGCGGCGCACCUGUGGGCGCGCGGGCUGCGGGACAGCGCGGCGGCGCUGCAGCGGGAGGCGGGGCUGCCCCCGCCCGCGCCCGCCGCGCCGCCGCCCCACCCGCCGCCCGUCUACACCCCCUCCACGCCCGCGCGGCCGCGACUGUCCGUCUCCCGUCAGAGCAGCUGCGCGUCGCUGCACCGCGACAGUCUGGACCACUCGCUCGUCAACCAUGAAGACAGCCCCGUGCCCUCCGUCAUCAAACUCAGGAAGCUGCAGAGCCAGGCGCACGCGCACAGCCCCGGGCCGGCGGAGCGUCGCUCGCUGCAGAAGCAGCUGAGCGCGGCGGCGGGCGAGCGGCCGUGCUCGCCGCCGCGCGUCACGCUGCACUCCAUCAUCACGGAGUUCCUGUACAACCAGCACGCGCUGUGCAAGAACCCGGUGGUGACAUGCCCGCAGUUCAAUUUGUUCGAGCCGCACAAGUGCCCCGAGCCGGCGGCGGGCGGGCUGGCGUCGGUGGCGUCGCGCGGCGCGGAGGCGGGCAACCUGCUGGCGCGCGUCGUGCGCCGCGAGACGUUCGGCACGACAUCGUGCCGCGCGCACGCGCGUCUCGCGCACUCGUACUUCGCGCACGUGCGCACGCUGCGCCUGCAGGACGACGACGGCUACUUCACGCACACCAUAUUCCAUCCGACGCAGCAGCAGUUGCUGACGGCGACGUCGUCGGGCGACAUCCGGGUGUUCAACUUGUUCACGGGCGUCGAGGAGAACUCCUACCAAGUGCACGAGUCCUACAUAUACCACAUGCAGGCGAGCAGAGACGGGUGCCUGUUGCUAGCGUCGUCGACGACGUCGUGGCGGACGCUGUCUGCUCUGUGGAACAUGAAGGAGUUUGAGCAAUUGUUCCAGCUCGACAACGAGGAGUACGUGGAGUUCUCCAAGGUGUCUGACGAGCGCAUCAUCGGCACCAAGGGCGAGACGGCCAGCGUGUUCGACACGCGCACCGGCCGCGAGCUGAUGACGCUCACGCCGGCCAUCUCCAACCAGUACGCCAAGAACAGGGCCACCUUCAACCCGACCGACGAGCUGGUGCUGUCAGACGGUGUUCUAUGGGACGUGAACACUGGCAAGGAAAUUCACAAGUUUGACAAGCUGAACCAAACGCAUAGCGGAGUUUUCCACCCCAACGGUCUAGAGGUCAUAUCAAACACAGAAGUAUGGGACCUAAGGACAUUUCACCUUCUGAGAACAGUGCCUUCAUUAGACAAAUCAGAGGUGAUAUUUAACCCGACCUGUAGCGCGCUGUACGCCGUGUGCUCAGACCAGGACUCCGAGGAGCGCAGCCAGUUCGACACCAGCUUCAAGACCCUCGACCCCUACGACUACUCCAGCAUAGCGACGAUCGACGUGAAACGCAACAUCUACUCGCUGGGCGUGUCGCAGUACGGCACGCAGAUCUCUCUGGUCGAGAACAUGGGAGAGUUCGAGCAGGUGCAGGAGUCGUGCGUCAAAUUGUAUGACGUAGGCAGGAAGAGGGACCACGACGACGACGCGGACGAGGAAGAGGAAGAGGAGCUGGCCGCGGGCUCGGACAACGAUGACGGAUCGGACUCCGGCUCCGACAACGUUGACGACUUAGCGUCCAGCCUCCUGCAGCGGUACAACGCGGUGAUGGAGCUGGCGGAGGGGUCCGGCUCCGCGUCCGGCUCGGCGUCCGGCUCUGCGUCCGGCGACUCGUCGCGCGAGGAGCUCGACAGGGACGAGGAGCCGCCGCGCCGCCGGCCGCGACGGAUGCGGACGCGCCGACGGGCAGCGGAGAGACGCAGCACGGACAGCGAUGGCGACUCCGAGAACAUCAUAGAGUUCGAGCUGGACUAGCUCAACAAAUACAAUAUAAAUAUACAAAUAAAUACAAUUUGGAAACCA